AUGACAGAUUCUAUUCUUAAAGAAAACCAGAUCUCUCAAGAAGAAGAAAUCCUUGCAUUGUCUUCCAUUUUCGGACAAGAAUCGGUUAUCCCUGUAAACCAGGCUUCCCCAUACCUGUCGUAUAAUUUCAGAUUAUCAUUAGAAUCCGAUCUUUCUUAUGAGUUCAACAAAUCUUCCACUGUGAAUUCUAUUAUAUUGAAUUUUCAUUUUCCGGAAGAUUAUCCUUCAGCAUCACCUCCGAUUUAUGAAAUUGUUAGUUUAUACUGUGGGACAUUAAGAAUCGAUAAUAAAAUAAGAAAUGAAAUUGACGAGAAAUUCAAGGAACUGUUUAUUCCAGGAAAGGUGGUUAUCUUUGAGUGGAUCGAAUGGUUGAGAGAACUUUUAUCUCAAAAGCUUGCCGAAGAACAAUGUAAUAAAACAGACACUCACACUAAUGCGAAUGCUGAUUCAUAUAAACCAAAAGAGGGUUCUAACGUCGAAGCAAAAGAGGAUUUUGACAUCGAAGCAAACAAGAUAAUAAAAAGUGAUUGUCCUCCGAUAACAUCUGGUGAACCGUUAGAACAUAAAAAAUCUGUCUUUGUAGCUCACUUGGCUCCGGUACAUAAUGCGCAAGAAGUUAAAAUGGUCAGGGAAACCUUGAUGUUGAACAAAAAAAUUGCAAAAGCUACGCAUAACAUCAUGGCCUACCGAAUUAUACAGGACAAUGGAGUAAUAUUGCAAGAUAAUGACGACGACGGAGAAACAGCUGCUGGCGGCAGACUGCUUCAUUUACUGCAGAUUCUGGACGCGAAGAAUGUUUUAGUAGUGGUUUCACGAUGGUUUGGCGGCAUAUUGUUAGGACCGGAUCGGUUCAAGGAUAUAAACAAUGUCGCGAGGGAUUUGCUCGAAAAUUGCGGUUACAUUGAGGGUGGUAAAGGCGGGAAGGUGAAGAAGUGA